UGUAGUGAAACGUGCGUGCUAAGUAACUUCAGUAGGGUCCGACUCUGCGACCCACUGGACUGCAGCCCACCAGGCUCCUCUGUCCGUGAGAUUCUCCGGGGAUCUUCCAAAUGGCGUGAUCACCGCGGUGUGAGCUCUGAUGGUUGUGGGGGAAUAGGGACUGCGAACUCAACUCUAGAGAGGUGGGAGCGGGAGUCCCUUACAUCAGAUCCCUCAAUGCCCUAAGGACCCUGGACCCCUGAUUGCCCCGGGGAGGGUCUUGGAAGUUAGCGAACUGGGGGAGCUGAGAACCCUGCUCCCAGGGAGUUAUGGUACAGGACCCCUGAGAGCCGGGGCCGGGGGGGUGGGGGGCGUUCCAGGGCGUGACUGCUGUUUGAGUAGGCACCUUAAGCACUUGAAAUAGGCAGGGGUUCUGAGGCUGGAGAGAGGCCCUGGUAGGGCAGGUGGGAGGGUACCAAACGGUUGCUGCAGGUGGGGUGAUGUGUGUGACCCUGAGCUAAUCAAAUCUCGACUCUAGGUGUCUUUCUUAUGUGUAAAAGGGAGGGGUUGGGCUUCAGAGCCAUUCUUGGGAGUAAACGUGAGGUAGCAACUGUCAGAUCCUGAGAGGGAGAAUGGGCUUGUGCAGAUUGGCUGUACAUAAUGUCUUCCUGAGUUCUUGGAGUGAGGAGGCACCUGCAGGGUGUAUCUGUCUGUACAAGCAGCCAGGCCUGUGGUUAAGUGACCUGUUGUAAGGUGGAAGACUGAGGAAGUGGGGUUCCUACGAAAUCAUGGGGGGCCGGUGGCUGCUAGGGUGUUUUCAAGGACUUUGUGAGCAUGUGAAAACUGGGACUGUGAUGAUUUGAAGUGUGUGGAGAGUGCCAACUGAAUGUCCUAAGGGAGAAGAGAGAGUGGAUGGAGUCUGUGUUUCAGGCACCAAACUUAGAAUUGGCUGGGUAUUUGAGAGGCCCAGGUUCCCAGAGUUGGUAACACCUCAACAGGUUCCUGAAGGGUAAGAGGCCAGAAUUACGAACCAUUAUGACAGCUCAGAUUUAAAUCCAUUUAUUAAGAGCCUGAGAACAUAUUAUGAAGCAAUUUAGGCAAGUUUAGUAAUUUCUGAGGCUUAGCUGGUCCUUGUGGAAUGGGGAUAGUGAUGCCCAUCUCACAGGAUUGUUCUGAAGAUUAAAGAAGAUAACGUAUGGAAAGUGCUCAGUGCAAUGCCUGGGUCGUGUCUUAAUUUUUUUUUUUUUUUAGGUUAAAAAAAUGGCUAUGGAGUGACAAAAUAACAGUGACAGAGUGUAAGAUUUAUGUGAAUGCUGUGGUUGGGAACUAUUCUCACAUUCUUAAGGUUUUUUUUUUUUUUUUUUUUUUUUCAAGUUGUGGUGACGUCCUCCCCAUUUCCCUCUUCCUGGUUCUUCUGGUCUUGAGGUGCCAGGCUUGCUUAUUCCUCCCUUUUAUUCCUCUCCCAAGAUCCAGGCUCCAGCCUGGGCUACUUGCUCUUUUCCCGUUCGAUUUCCUCAUCCUAGACCCAUUCUUCUCCCUAUCCCUCCUCCCUCUUUCUGCUGCCAUAGUAACAAGAGAUUCAGGCUCUGAAGGGGGCCUCAGGGAAGAGCAAAGUUCUCUUGCAGAACCUGGGCCUCCAACUUCCCCGCCCUGGCUUUGGGACUGGGCCAGCAGAUGUGUACAGUCUGGGAGAGGGGGAAAGCCAAUGCCAGGAGCUGUAGGAGCAAGCCAGGGGGAGGGCGGAUGCGAGCCUCGAGCGGAGAGCCAAGCUUGGGGGCGAGGGAGGGGGGAACCCUUCCUCCUAAUCCUCUCUCCAGGAAUCCCUGGCUUGGGGACAGGACGGCUGUCGUGGGGCUGGGGGAGGCGCCCAGGCGGGUGCAUGUCCUGGGAUACUUGCCAAAAGUACACGAUGUUCCCAAGUGCACUGGCCGCCGCCCUCUCGGGCUGGCCGUCUCCCAAACCACUGCCUCUCCAGCCUCCCUGCCCCACAUUCCCCGGCUGCCUCGCCCCGCCCCCUUCCUCCGCCUUGACGUCACCGCCGCCUCCCGCCCCCUCUCCUCCAUUGACGGCAGCAGGGCCUGGUUACUGUGGGGACUGUGAGGCAGGAUUCUGGUUAGGGCCUUGAGAGCAGGUGGGGGCUGCUGGAGCGCGACCUUUUUGUCUACGAAAAAGAAAAAUAUGGAGGUGGAGGUGGACAGCAAGGACCGCCUGUGUUGGGGCAGAUCACUCUAGAGCCCUGAGGAGUGCCGGAGAAGAGGAAAAGCGGUUUCCAGAGAGGAGGUGUCUGAAAAGGAGACAAGGGACUGGACCACAGUAUAUGAGUUGGGGGGCCAUUUUCAGAGAGAAUACUGAGAAUUCAGCUUCCGGAAUUCUCUAUUUCCUGUGACUUCUUGCUUUGUUUUUUUUCUGGGUUAUUCUGUAACCUUCCUGCGUCUAGCUUUUCCACAGACCCUUGCUCUGCCACCGCCCCCCCCCCCCCCAUGGGGAACACCACUGUUAAGGACAGCUUAGGCCACGUGACAAUGAGGGGUGUGCACCCACAGCUGAUUACGUCAGCAUCAACCUCUUCACUUGCCACCCACGUUUCCAGGGAGCCCUACAGGAACUACAGCUCAGUCUUGAUUGGAGGGCGUCUGUGUAACUGCAGCUCUUUGCGGCUCAAAUUGGCACUUUAUUCCCCCAAAUUAGGAUUCAGGGUUCUGCUCCUUGCCUCUUAAAAAUAAAUCAUAAUUUCCAGCCCCUUCUCUAUUGCUGAUGUCCCUCCUCCUCCCCUAGCUAUAUUUACAACAAAGUCACCAUGUUUAUUAUCACCCUACUGUGUAUUAGGCUCUCUUCUAGGGGCUGGGAAAUACAGUUAAGGAGAUAGAUGAUGAGGUGCUUGGCUUUGUCUUCUCCUAGUGGUGGGGACUUGAAGGUCUUACUACCCCACAUUUUCUGUGUAUAAGGUCUCUUCUCUCAGCCACUCCCUUUGUUGCCCUGUAGCCCUGGCUUCCUGGCCCUCACUUAGGGGCCAGCCCUAACUGUGGGUGGCUGCAUCCUCAGGAGAAAAGCACUAGUCACCACGUAGGUUGCUCAGAGUGGCAUGGAAGCACCUGCCAUUGUUUCCCUUCACAGCCUCUGUUGGGUUCUAUCUGACGCUUCCAUUGUUUGGCAUCCAUCAUCCCACUCCACUCCCUCCUCAAAUUGCCCUCCUCCUAGCUGUCCACAGGAUUUGAAGUGUCAGAGGAAGGGAUUGGAUAUGGCUUUAUGAUGACGACAAGGCUGGGGAGGAGAACCUAGGAAAGGCCAAGCUGGGUUUCUGUCUGUCCCUCUCCUCCCAAGGACCAGUCAUCUCAUCCAGCUUGGCCCACCUCCUAAGGUCUGCAUUCUUUCUGCCCACGCUCUGGCGAGGCCAGGGUGUCCUGUUGUGCAGGGCAGGUCGGUUCAGGGAGUAGACCCCUCUUAAAUACCUACUGUGGCCCAGGUAUUUUCCCCGAAUAGGGGCAGCUUACCUCCCCUCCCCUCCCUUCCAUUAUUUACUGUGCAAGGCGUCCUGCGCCCAUUGGCUGGGUUGUGGUGUCUGGGGCCCUUCAGUCCAGUGCCAGCACCCAGAUCCACGUGCGCCCGUGUGUGUGACACAGCCCUGACCUCAGUGGGGGCCAGUAGCCAAUCAGGCGCCGGGAAGAGAUCCCCAGCCAAUUGGGGGUGGGGCCUGCGGCUCCACCGGCAGGAGGCCAAUGAGGGGCAGUGCCUGGCGUUAUGCAACCCGCCUCCUGGCCCCGCUGAGCUUCCACUCCGCUGCGGGUUGCAACGGCGGCAGGCAGGCGGCCGGAGGGCGCUCGCGCGGCCAGGUGCUGACUGUGGUCAAACUUUUGAGCCCUCUGAGGCUUGGGUCUCCCAUCUCCCUCCUCUAGCCCCUUGAGCGUCUGUGGUGGCCUCUCCACCUUCCCCGUUCUCCUGCCCUCCCCAUGGCCCAGACAUGAGCAGGAGCGGCCCCCUAGAAGGGGCUGAAGGGGGAGGGGACCCCAGGCCAGGGGAACCCUUUUGUCCUGGAGGGGGUCCAUCCCCUGGGCCUCCAGAGCACCGACCUUGUCCUGGCCCCAGCUUGGCUGAUGACACGGAUGCCAACAGCAAUGGCUCUAGCGGCAAUGAGUCCAAUGGACCCGAGUCCAGGGGUGCAUCUCAGCGGAGUUCGCACAGCUCCUCCUCCGGCAAUGGCAAGGACUCAGCCCUGCUGGAGACCACUGAGAGCAGCAAGAGCACGAAUUCUCAGAGCCCAUCCCCACCCAGCAGUUCCAUUGCCUACAGCCUCCUGAGUGCCAGCUCUGAGCCAGACAACCCUUCUACCAGUGGCUGCAGCAGUGAACAGUCAGCUCGGGCAAGGACUCAGAAAGAACUCAUGACGGCACUGCGAGAGCUCAAGCUUCGGCUGCCCCCGGAGCGCAGGGGCAAGGGCCGCUCCGGGACUCUGGCCACACUGCAGUACGCGCUGGCCUGUGUCAAGCAGGUGCAAGCCAACCAGGAGUUCUACCAGCAAUGGAGCCUGGAGGAGGGCGAACCGUGUGCCAUGGACAUGUCCACCUAUACUCUGGAGGAGCUGGAGCACGUCACGUCUGAGUACACACUCCGCAACCAGGACACCUUCUCCGUGGCUGUCUCCUUCCUGACAGGCCGCAUCGUCUACAUUUCCGAGCAGGCGGGUGUCCUGCUGCGCUGCAAGCGGGAUGUGUUCCGGGGCACCCGCUUCUCAGAGCUUUUGGCACCCCAGGACGUGGGCGUCUUCUACGGUUCCACCACCCCAUCCCGCCUGCCCACCUGGGGCCCAGGGACCUCCACAGGUUCAGGCCUCAAGGACUUCACCCAGGAGAAGUCUGUCUUCUGUCGUAUCAGAGGGGGUCCUGACCGGGAUCCAGGGCCUCGGUACCAGCCAUUCCGCCUAACCCCAUAUGUGACCAAGAUCCGGGUCUCUGACGGGGCCCCUGCCCAGCCAUGCUGCCUGCUCAUUGCAGAGCGCAUUCACUCUGGUUAUGAAGCUCCCCGGAUCCCCCCGGACAAGAGGAUCUUCACCACACGGCACACUCCCAGCUGCCUCUUCCAGGACGUGGAUGAGAGGGCCGCCCCGCUGCUGGGCUACCUCCCCCAGGACCUCCUGGGGGCCCCAGUGCUCCUCUUCCUGCAUCCGGAGGACCGACCCCUCAUGCUGGCCAUUCACAAGAAGAUCCUGCAGCUGGCCGGCCAGCCCUUUGACCACUCCCCUAUUCGCUUCUGUGCCCGUAACGGGGAGUACGUCACCAUGGACACCAGCUGGGCUGGUUUCGUGCACCCCUGGAGCCGCAAGGUGGCCUUUGUGUUGGGCCGCCACAAAGUACGCACGGCGCCCCUAAAUGAAGAUGUAUUCACUCCCCCGGUCCCCAGCCCCGCUCUGUCCCUGGACUCUGACAUCCAAGAGCUCUCGGAGCAGAUCCACCGGCUGCUGUUACAGCCUGUGCACAGCCCCAGCCCCACGGGCCUCUGUGGAGUAGGCCCCGUGCCUUCCUCUGGCCCUCUCCUCAGCCCUGGCUCCUCCAGUGACAGCAAUGGGGGUGAUGCCGAGGGACCUGGGCCUCCUGCCCCGGUGACCUUCCAGCAGAUCUGUAAGGAUGUGCACCUGGUGAAGCAUCAGGGGCAGCAGCUUUUUAUUGAGUCCCGGGCCCGGCCUCUGCCCCGGCCCCGUGUCCCUGCUACUGGCACAUUCAAGGCCAAGACCCUUCCCUGCCCAUCCCCAGACCUGGAGGCGUCCCCGGCUCCAAUCCAGGCCCCAGUGGCCUUGGCCGCUGAGGAGGCUGAGCGGAAAGAAGCCUCCAGUUGCUCCUACCAGCAGAUCAACUGCCUGGACAGCAUCCUCAGGUACCUGGAGAGCUGUAACCUCCCCGGCACGGCAAAGCGCAAAUGUGCCUCCUCCUCUUCCUGCACUGCCUCUUCAGCCUCCGACGACGACAAGCAGCGGGCAGGCCCAGUCUCUGUGGGCACCAAGAAAGAUCCAUCAGCAGUGCUGCCUGGGGAGGGGGCCACCCCUCUGAAGGAGCCGGUGGUGGGAGGAGGAGCCCUGAGCCCGCUCGCCCUGGCCAAUAAGGCGGAGAGCGUGGUGUCCAUCACCAGUCAGUGUAGCUUCAGCUCCACCAUCGUCCAUGUGGGAGACAAGAAGCCCCCGGAGUCGGACAUCAUCAUGAUGGAGGACCUGCCCAGCCUGCCUCCCGGUCCAGCUCCCAGCCCAGCCCCCAGUCCUACAGUAGCCCCUGACCCAGCCCCAGAUGCCUACCGCCCAGUGGGCCUGACCAAGGCUGUGCUGUCCCUGCACACACAGAAGGAGGAGCAGGCCUUCCUCAGCCGCUUCCGUGACUUCAGCAGGCUGCAUGGACUGGACAGCUCCUCCACAGCCCCAUCGGCCCCUGGCGAGCGAGGCUGCCACCACAGCCUUGCCAUCCCCGGCCGCCGCCACCACUGCCGAUCCAAAGCCAAGCGCUCACGUCACCACCAGACAGCUCGGGCUGAAGCCCCCGGCUACGUCUCCCAGCCCUCGCCUGUGCCACCCUCUGCCCCCUGGCCCCCGCCACCAGCCACUCCUCCCUUCCCAGCUGUGGUUCAGCCAUACCCUCUCCCCGUGUUCCCCCCGAGAGGUGGCCCUCAGCCUCUCCCUCCUGCUCCCACAUCUGUGCCUCCUGCAGCUUUCCCUGCCCCCCUGGUGACCCCCAUGGUGGCCUUGGUGCUCCCUAACUAUCUGUUCCCUACCCCAUCCACCUACCCCUACGGGGCACCCCAGAUGCCUGCCGAGGGGCCUCCUACCCCUGCCUCCCGCUCCCCGUCUCCGUCCCUGCCCUCGCUGCCCCCCAGCCCUCCCCACCGCCCCGACUCUCCGCUCUUCAACUCAAGAUGCAGCUCCCCACUCCAGCUAAACCUGCUGCAGCUUGAGGAGGCCCCUCGCGGUGAGGGGGGUGCAGCGGCAGGGGGCUCUGGGAGCAGUGCUGGGCACCCCCCUCCCAGCGAGGAGAUGGCAGAACCAGAGGCCAGACUGGCGGAGGUAACUGAGUCCUCCAACCAGGAUGCUCUCUCGGGCUCCAGUGACCUGCUGGAGUUGCUGCUACAAGAGGACUCACGAUCAGGCACGGGCUCUGCUGCCUCAGGCUCCUUGGGCUCCGGCUUGGGCUCUGGUUCAGGCUCCCAUGAAGGGGGCAGCACUUCCGCCAGCAUCACGCGCAGCAGUCAGAGCAGCCACACGAGCAAGUACUUUGGCAGCAUCGAUUCUUCAGAGGCUGAGGCUGGGGCUGCCCAGGCCAAGGCUGAGCCUGCGGACCAGGUCAUUAAGUAUGUGCUCCAGGAUCCCAUCUGGCUGCUCAUGGCCAAUGCUGACCAGCGUGUCAUGAUGACUUACCAGGUGCCCUCCAGCAGGGACAUGGCCUCUGUGCUGAAGCAGGACAGGGAGCGGCUCCGGGCCAUGCAGAAGCAGCAGCCUCGGUUCUCGGAGGACCAGCGGAGGGAACUGGGUGCUGUGCACUCCUGGGUCCGGAAAGGUCAACUGCCUCGGGCCCUUGAUGUGAUGGCCUGUGUGGACUGCGGUAGCAGCACCCAAGAGCCUGGCCAUCCUGAUGACCCUCUCUUCUCAGAAGUGGAUGGACUGGGGCUGGAGCCCAUGGAGGAGGGCGGAGGCGAGGGUGGUGGCGGUGGUGGUGAGGGUGAGGGCAGCGAUGAGGCCCAGGCCCAAGCUGGGGCCAGGGUCUCGAGCUCUCAGGACCUGGCCAUGGAAGAGGAGGAGCAAGGUGGGAGCUCACCCAGUCCAGCCUUACCUACCACAGAAAAUGGCACCAGCUAGACUCCAUUUUGGGCCACCUCCAGGUGUGCAUGAGAAGCUUCCUUCUCUCAUGCCGCAACUCUCAGAACUCAGAUGUGGCUGGACCAACCAAUAAGAGAACUGCCCCGGCUUCUCCUGCUGUAGGGGGGCAGGGCCCCUGUCACCAGCCCAGGACCCAGGGGCUGCCUCUGGCCUCUUUGGGAACAGAGGGUGUCAUUCUUCAGCCCAGCCCAGCCCAGAGAAGCCUCCCAUCACAUCCCCAGUGAGGAGUCGUUCCUUUUCCUGGACAAGAUUGCUGACAAGCUGCUGAAGUGGUCUCUCCAAGUCCCAGCUGAGCCGGAGUUCCUGUCCCUGGGGAUUGGGGCUGCAUUUAUUUAUUGGGGGAGUCAGCCCUCUCCCCCACCUCCUCCCCAGAUGAAGGCAGGAGGAGGGUGUGAGGCCCAAGGAGGACCCUGCGGUCCAAGCCCCUAGCUGCUCCAGGGUGGGGGAGGUUGGUGGACCAUGGAGUCCCUGGUGCUGCCCCUCAGGUGGGACCCAGGUGUUCUCAGCUGUACCCUCUACCGAUGGCAUUUGUGUUUUUGAUAUCGUGUCUGUUAUUUUUAAUACAAAAAGGAAAAAAAUA